CAUCAAAUUUGGAAGAAAGCAACAGUUAAUGAAGAGCCGUCCUACAAUUGCGACUGAGAACUACCCAUAGAUAAAUUUUACGAAAAUAUCAUUCCACUAAAUGUUUCAUAGGACAUUGGAUUUGUUUAAAAAUUUUAGUUCUAUAACGACCUAGGACACAAAAGAGUGAACACUUCUAAAAUGGCUAAAAAGAGAGGAGAGGUUGCAUUGCAAGAAGAAAUUGUAGACGAAGAUAGUUGGAACGCGCUGCGUAUGAAGCAAGGGCUAAUAGUUGUCGAUGUCUAUCAAGAAUGGUGUGGUCCUUGUUCCGCUGUUGUUGGUCUGUUCAAGCGACUCAAAACAGAAAUAAACGACGAUUUAUUGCAUUUUGCUGUUGUAAGAGCAGAUAAUGUUGAAACGUUUGAACUAUAUCGAGGGAAAUGCGAACCAUAUUUUCUAUUUUUUGGAGGUGGAUGCCUUGUUGCAGCAGUAAAAGGAGUUAAUCCUCCAGAGUUGGAGCAGUGUGUCUUGAGCAAGUUGAAGCAGGAACACGACGUUAUAAGUGGCGAAGCUGAAAGGGUUGAGAUCCGUGAUCCUAUGGUUAUCGCUAGAGAACUGAAAGAGGCGGAGAUUAAACAAAAAAGGGAGGAGGAGGAGGAGGUUGAACAGGAACUUACCUUAGCAGUACUGAAACCUGAUGUUGUGCAGUCUGGGAUAGCAGAACAAAUUAUUAGAGAACUCGAAGAAAAAGGUAUUCAAAUACUUGAGAGCCAAGAACAUUUAUUUACCACUGAAGAGGCUGAAAUCUUCUAUGAAAAUGUUAAAGAUCAGCCUUAUUUUCAAGAUCUUGUUGGAUUUAUGACAUCUGGUCCAAGCAAAAUUAUAGUCUGUGCAAUAAAAGGCAAGCAGGGCAUUAUUGACAAGCUAAGGGGACUAAUUGGACCGUCGAUUUUUGAAAAGGAUUCAGAGGAAAUGAAUGAAACGAUAAGGGCAAAAUAUGGUACUGGAAUAAUCAAGAAUGCGAUCCAUGCAUCAAGCUCUAAAGAAGAGGCUACAAGAGAACUAGCGUUUUUCUACCCAGGUUACGAGCCGCCAGUUAUUACAGUGAAACGUACCCAAUCAGUUGGUAAAGGAUAUGAAGAAACAGUUUAUGACACUGGAAAACAUGAAAUCGAACGAACAGUUGCAGUAUUACGGCCACAAGCUUAUGAAUUAUAUAAAGAUGAAAUAGUAAAACAAAUUAAAAAUGCUGGAUUUACCAUAGCACUGGAGAAAGUUAUACAGCUGACUAAAGAACAAGUAGAAGAAUAUUAUAAGGAACAUAUGGGACAACCAUAUUUUGGGGAAUUAACUACUGUAAUGUCCAGUGGUCCAUGUUUGGCUUUAUUAUUAGCUAGAGAAGAUGCUGUCGCUAAAUGGAGAGAAAUGUUAGGGCCAGCAAGUGUUAGUGAAGCCAAAUCUACAGCUCCUGGAUCAUUACGUGCCCAGUUUACCAUGAAAUCGCCGACUAAAAUGACCAGUGGGAAAAGUGAAGGAAUCAACCUUAUACAUGGAUCAGUUAACGAUCAUGAAGUGGAGAAAGAUAUUAAUGUAUUUUUCCCGGUCGAAAAAACAAUUGCAGCGAUUAAACCCGAUGCAUACGCUAAUCGGGAUGAAAUUAUUGAAAGGAUUCAAUCAGCUGGUUUUCACGUGGCAGCACGUAAAGAAACGACUCUUACUAAGGAUAUAGCUCGAAAACUAUAUGAAAAUUGCUCUGGUCAACCAUUUUACAAUGAUCUAGUUAAUCAUAUGGUCAGUGGUCAAACUUUGUUCAUGGUUUUGACGAGAAGUAAUGCAAUUUCCGGUUGGCGGCAACUGAUGGGACCAACAGAUCCAAACAAAGCAUCUGACGAAUCAUCAGAAAGUAUUCGUGCAAUUUAUGGUAGAGAUAUUCUUCGUAAUGCAGUUCAUGGAUCAUCUAACAAAGACGAAGUUCAACGGAUUCAGAAUUUAUUAUUCACCGGUAUCGAAGCUAAUGAAGAAAACCAAACGAUGUCGUCAAGGUGUAGUAGACGAGAUUCAAUAAAUGAAGAAAUGGAUAUGGAUAAAGCUCACUCAUAUGCAGUUAAAGAAGAGCAAGAAGCUGAAUCAGCUAGAUCACAAGAAAAUGAAGAAAUAAAAGAUGAGGAAAAUAUGUUAAAUACACAGAAAGUAAAUGAUGAAGAAAAUAUACAAUCGGAGAGGCAACAAUUUACAAACUCUGAUGAUAAAAUACAACAUGAAGAAAAUGAAUUAACUGAAAUCACUACUGAUACAAUGCCAAUAGGAGAAAGUGUAGAAAAAAAAUGAAACAAGUAGUUCUAGUUCAUCAGGUAAGAAAUAAGUAAGCAAUAGUUUUUGAAUAUAACGAACGGUAAUGAUUUAUCUUUAUCUUUAUAAAAACUCAGUUAAUCAAGUUAUUUGAUGUUAUGAAAUAUUGAAUCUUAUAUUUGUAUUGUUUUGGAUGUUAAAAUUAGAGUAGAAUAUUAACUGUCGAUAUUUGUACAUUUACCAUUAAAUGAAGGUCGAAAUCUUUUCAUUAUUAGACUAAACUUCUGUUGGGGAUGUUAGAUCCUCAGAACUCACUUGGGAAAGGACCUAACUUUGUAGUUUUAUUUAGAAAAUCUGAAUUUCUUUGUUUUCGCGCCAAAGGCGCUCUUGUCACCUUCAUGUCGUAUUUCCCAUUGGGAAAUAUUGUAAAUGCUAUAGGUCCGUUGCGUUUUUUAGUAUGCUAUUUAGUAACUCUUCCCAAGGACGGUUUUGUACUGUAUAUAUACGUUUUGAAUUGUGUUUGUUGUUAUCGCUCGUUUCUGGCUGUUUGCGGAAUAUACUUCCCCAUUCCAAGCUUGGACUUCUCCCUCUAGUUAGCGGGGCUGGGACGCAUCAAUAGCUAGCUUGUUGGUCUUUGGUCACCGAGUCUUGUUUCUCGUUCGCAGAUUAAGUGAACUCGUGAUAGGUGAGGCCUUAAGUUCCUGGGUUCGGUAUCCGGUAGAGUCGUGGAUGUUCAUUACCGAGGAGUCUCAUACUAACACAAAACAGCUAUUCAGUGUUGUCUGGUCUCAGUAACACUCAACAUUUCCCAUAAAAUUCUUAUACUGAUAGUUAGCAGUUAUUUAUGGGUGGUAAGCAAGAAACUUUACAUAUGGUCUUUUUGAUAAUUGACAUUAAUCAAUAAAGUGUGCCUGGUGCAUCCCUUGAGAUUCUAACUCGCGUUACAGACAAAGAAGUUACCACUGGGAUAUUUAUGUUAAGACUAACCUACUAUAAUACUGAGGUGUUUAUACUGAGUGGUAAUUAAUAUUGUCUUUAUUUAGUCCUCACUAUGGUUUCCAGAAAUGUCGAAUUACUUAUUUAAAUAAUUAGUAAUGCACUCACUGCUAUCUAAUUUCUAGACCCACGAGGCCUAGUUAUGUGAGGAAUGAGAAAAAUAUCACCAAAUGAAUCAGACAACAAAUUAAUUCAGUGAAAGUUCAGACAAAUUCACCUUGACCAAGAAUAAAUUGACAUUAACAUUAUUCAGACGUAUUGUGAUAUUGAUUGUACUAUUCUGCAUUGUUUCCUUUGCACUAUUUAAACUUGUGUUAAUUGAAUUCGGUUAUUCAUUUACUCUGAAGAAAUGGCUUACAUUCAGUCACAAAACACUGGCAAAAAUAUGUUUAUUACUAACUUUCUGUAGAUACAUGUAUAAUCAAAUAAAUGUCAAAUAAGCAUAAUUUAACGCGAUAUCAUUUGAGAAUAUAUUUACUGAAAAAAACAUAAUGUUUCUUGGAAUGGGCAUCUCCUUAUUGUAAUAUUAGUAGAACAAUAUAACUUAUAUGGAAUGGACCAUUGUUGUACUGAUAGAUUUUCUUCUUUGAGAGAUAUCUUUCCGAUAAACAAAAAGGGAUCAUUCAUUAAUGAAUGUCUAUUUUAUCAUAUUGUGUACAAAACCUAAAUCUUCUUAAUUAGCAAUAGAAAGUGGCAAAUUGAAGGGUUGUAUUGUUUUGAUUCUGAUCCGAAAUCUAUAAUCCUUGUUUUUUGAUACGGUUGAACUUAAAGGUUGUGUUCGCAAAACUCAGGGUAAGUGAAACUGUCAACUCAUAUCAUUUUCUAUUACAAGACCUAUAAACUAACAAGUUAUAAAACACUUCACAAUUAUAUUAUUCCGCUCAAACACUUGUCUGUAUCACAACACUCGAUUAAAGUCUUCCAUUUGAUAUACACAUUUAUGUCAACAUUCCUGCAUGAAAUAUAUGUUUUAUACUACAAACUGGAUUUUGUAAUUUCAUUACGAAAUGUGAAAAUUUUUCACAAAAUUUAGUCACUGAUUUUAUAAACUCUUGUGAUGAUGUGCACCACACAUUUGUUACACGUUAUGCUUUCUUCAAUACUUUUGUUAGAUAUUUCAUUAUUGUACUAAGAUAAACAACACUGACAAUUAAGUUUCUUCACUGUUGUACAUUUUUUCAAGCACAAUUAGUGGGUAUGUAAGUAUGUGAUGUUUGUUUACGCAUCAUGAAUUGAAUAAAUUAAUGAUUUGAGAUUAUUUUACGUGUAAGUGGUUUGGUAAUCACUCGGUUUACUAAAAAAAAAAUAUAUACCCCAAGUCUAAACUAUUUGAUAAAUUCAUUUUAAGUCUAAACCUACCAACUUUUUAACAAUAACCUUGUCAUUUUAUUAUCUGAUUUCUGAAGAAAACUAUUCAUGGUUUGACCAAUAAAAGUAGUGUAGUUACAAACAAAAAAUCAGUAAAGCAUUCUACAAUCGCAUCUCCAUAUUUACUGACUACUUUAAUUUAUAAUACUCAAUGUCUUUUCUGUCAAAUUAGUUUAUUAAGAUUCGAAUCUUCGAAUGAACAUUCCUUACCUCUUCUAUUUCUAUUCUAUUUAAAAACGAGCUUUUACUUAAUCUACAAUUAAAUGAAGAUUGGAUGUAAACCUAUUGUUAUAUUGUUAUAGGUCAAGGAUAACUAAUCAAUUAUUUAAUGUUCUAAAUAGUCCUGAAUUUACUCAGUCAAAGGAUGAAAUAAACAGUGAAAUGAAAGUUUGCCACCUAUAUGGCAAAUACACUACUUACUUUUAAAAUUGAUAAAUAUGAUAAUAUACUACCCAAAUCUAGUUUUGACUGGUUAAUAAUUACCUGAACUCCGUCCGGUGCUGGUGAGUGGCCUAUGAUCCUCCACAAGGGGUAACCGGCGUAAGUAAGUAAUAAUCACCUGAAGUUGAUACCAUUCUUAUCCAGUCACUAAUUACUAAUUGUUGAAUGUAUGCAUGGUUGUCACAGUUUAAACUGUUGAAUUCUAAAAUGUAAUAACUCAUAAGUUAGUGCUAAGAUUUCAUAUUUGCUAAUUAGUUGUUUGUAUUAAAUCUUAUGUUAAUUUUAUCUUACAGAUACAUAAAUACUGAAUCAAUGGGAAAGAUUAGAAUGAUUUUGUAUACCUUUUUUAUAAAAGAUCAAAUGUACUACAAUUCAAUUGUUAUUUAUUAUAAUAAAGAUUUUUACAAAUG